AUGGUUUCCUCGAGCCCUCCAUCAUCACCACCGAGCCGUGGAUGGAUCGUCUUUAUCCUGGUUGCUCUUAUGAGUUGCGUUCACGCCACGGUUGUCUGUGAUGGUUGCCGUCCGCUUAGUCUCCAAGAAGCCGCAGAAGGAGACACUGAGGCGCUUUUCUCAGGUGUUGGCUUGUCUUUAGCACCUACUUAUGGCUCUGCAAGCAUUCAAUUUGCCAAUGGUACGAUCUCCGACGUUGCUUUAAUACAUGGGUCCGAAGCAUAUAUUCGAGCCAUGAAGCUAUGGGACCAUCUUGAUGUUGACCCCCCACUUCUGGACCUCGAGAAAGAUUCUGGGACGAGCAAACCCCCUCCUUUCCUACAGCGACUACGAUCGUGGUAUCAGGCGCGGCUACAGCACGGCGCUGAAACCUCGCCUCAGGCCACCUACGACGAACUCAUCCCGAUCGCUGAGAUGAUGAGCACACUUUUCUCCGAGGCGAAUAAGUCGGUGCCCUUGUCGAAUAACUUGGUAUUCCUGGCGAUCCCAGACUUUGAGAAUAGCACCAGUGACACCUUCACCCGGCCAAUUCGCCAGCUUGUCCAAUGA